AGUGGUAGAAAAUACAGCCAGGAAGUUGUGUGACACACAGUUGAUGUGUGGGAGCUUCUGUUAAGCAGUCCAACUCAACGGUGAAUCUCGGGAGCUCUGUCCCUUAUAUCCAAGAUAUCCCACCAGAAUACAGACACUUUACAUUUAUAUAUCCAUUGUAAUUUACUCAGUAAAUGCUAUUUCCGUCUGAGGACCUUUUAAUCACCAUGGGGUCUUUUCACAUGACAGUUGAGACACCUUGACUUGUCUACUUCCUGCACUGAGAACAUCAGACCUACACACUUCAAAUGAGACAGUGUUUACACUUCAGAGUGGUGGGACUGUCCCCAACUGAUGAAGUUUGAACCAAGUUGAUUAAUUCAUUUACAGAUAAUCAAAGAGCAGAAUAUGACGUUUCGUCUAUUGUCUCCAGGGUGUGGUCUCACUGUCUUACAAGGUCUUCUUGCUGCAAAGGCAAUAAUAAGGAAUACAAGUGAGGCUUGAAAAGCAUUUCAUUCCCAGUACAACCACAGUCUGACCUGCUGCUGGUCAUGAAAGCAGAUAGGAGUGAAGUGCCCUGUUCAAAAGUACCUCAGUGGCCUUCCACCACCCAUAAUUAUCUGGUUAAUCAUACUGUACAAAAGCAUUCAUUUAUUUUCUACUGCUUUAUCCUCCACAUGAGGGUCAGGGGCAGCUGGAGCCAAUCCCAGCUGACACAGGGUGAAAGUACACCCUGGACAGGUCACCAGUUCAUCGCAGGGCCAACACACAUAGACAAACAACCAUUCACACCGACGGUCAAUUGAGUGUCCAAUUUACCUCUGCAUGUUUUUGGACUGUGGAAGGAAACCGGAGAACCCAGAACAUGCAAACUGCUUACAGAAAGGCCCUUGGUUGGACCUGGUCACCAACCCAGGUCUUUUUGCUGUAAGGGCAAUGGUGCUAGCCACUACAGCCACCAAUGUGUGACGUUUGGUCAAGUAUUAUCUCCGAGAUGUUUUGAUGCCAGUGACAAAGCUGAAUGAUGAUGCUGAUGUUUAAGGCAAUCUCACAACACCAGGGCAUUCUUGUUGUUACAGCAUAACUGGAUAUUAUAUUCCAGGACAGUUUGUAAUGGGACAUGUAGGUUAUUGUCAGACAUACACUAGUUUAGUGCAAUUAUUUAAUACUGUAAGCUGAGGUUACCUGGAAUUGCAUUACUAUUCUUGCCUUCUCAACAGUGAAAGCUGCUGUCUCGACUUGAAUAUAUACAAAAAUAGAUAACCCCCCCCCCCCCAGAGAAUUAGCCAUCAGAGCAAAAACAUAAGAAUCUGCACUAACAGGAAGUAAAUCACAUUUCACUACAGAAGUGUGAGAUUCAAGUGACGAAGAUCUACCAGGAUGGCAGUGACUUUGACUUUUACAGAUUUUAAGCUGGGAGAACCUGAAGACGAGAACAGCACAGACUACGAUUACAUGAAUAGCUCGGGGUCAAUGACGUCUACCUGUAUGGAUGAGCAGAACGUUGCUGUUGGGUUCCAGCCGGUGCUUUACAGCUUGAUCUUUCUGCUGGGUGUGGUCGGUAAUGGUCUGAUGAUAACGGUCCUCCUGAGAUGCCGGCGUCUCCUACGCAUUACCGAGAUCUACCUACUACACCUCGCUGUGGCUGACCUCUUGCUCCUUAUGACAUUUCCUUUCUAUGUUGUUGAAUAUGUUACUGGCUGGCUGUUUGGGGAAAUACUCUGCAAACUGAUGGGCCUGGUGAAAUGUCUCAAUCUCCUCUGUGGGAGUUUCCUUUUGGCUUGCAUUGGGUUUGAUCGAUAUUUGGCGAUUGUUCAUGCCAUUCCAAGCAUGAGAAACCGACGCCCGAGAACCGUGCACAUAACGUGCAGUAUAUUAUGGCUGGUGUGUUUGGGUUUAUCACUACCAAAUGUUGCAUUUCUUACUGUGAAAGAGGAACGCGCGAACACAUCUCGUUUCUCCUGUUUCUAUUAUCAUCAUGAGCUCCAUGCACACAACUGGCUUUUGACCAACAGAGUCUUCGACCAUGUUUCCUUUUUCCUAUCCCUGGCUAUCAUGAGCUACUGCUACACAGCAGUGGUAGUUACUUUGCGCAGGAGUCAGAAAAGCCAAGCAAAGCAAGGGGCCAUUCGUUUGGCUUUACUUCUCACUCUUGUCUUUUGCUUCUGUUGGCUCCCAUACAAUAUUACCUUGCUGAUACAAACUCUGGUAGACCUAGAGGUUAUCAAAUACAAAAGCUGUGAAUCUUAUGUCCGACUGCAAACAGCCCUUGAUUUGACAAAUGGCCUUGGUUUCUCACACAGUUGCCUGAAUCCUUUCCUGUACGCCUUUGUUGGGGUGAAGUUUCGCAACGAGUUGAAUCGGUUGCUUUUGGAACUCGGAUGCAGCCCUGUUUGUCUGCCAUUCAACAGGAACCAAGGUCAUAGUCGACAAUCUACUUCUGAUGGAGCAACAAACCUAAGCUCAAUAAUGUGAUCUAACAAAGCUAUUAAACUCUUACAUGAUGAUGUCAGUUACAUAAAAUGCUUGUUUCACCUGUAAUGAUGAACGUUACCACAUGUUCUGAAAAUACAGUACCCAUUGCUACUUGGAUUGCAUUUUAUUAUUAUUUUUUUAUUUACCCAGUCAAGAAAUGUUUUUUAUUGUCUGACUCCGUUUUUGCUUGUAUAUGAGCAACUGCUAAUUGAACUUAAUAAAGAUUUCAUAUAUU